UAGUGUUGAAACUUUAUGAUAAACAUACGUCAUUAUUUAUAAGUAGACACUCAUCAAUUCAUGUUCAAGACUGAAAAGCCUUUCCUUUAUCAAAACUUACAAGAUGUUAUGCUCUUAUGUAUUACUGGGAUUUUCUUUGAUAACCACGAGCAUAACACAACAUGAAGCACACGCAUUUUCAACGAGGAUGGCCAAAGAAAUCAACCCAGUCGAGGCUCAACCGCUAAUGUAUGGUUUGCCUAGUGUGAAAUACUUGCGGAAAAGAUCAGCUCCAGAUGAAGAUAUUGGGGCUUACAAAGCAUCUGUAGAUUCAUUACCACUAGCAGACCCAAUACAAGAUGGAGCUUACAAAGCAGAUGUAGAUUCAUCUCCAGAAGAAAAUAUUGGGGCUUACAAAGCAUCUGUAGAUUCAUUACCACUAGCAGACCCAAUACAAGAUGGAGCUUACAAAGCAGAUGUAGAUUCAUCUCCAGAAGAAAAUAUUGGGGCUUACAAAGCAUCUGUAGAUUCAUUACCACUAGCAGACCCAAUACAAGAUGGAGCUUACAAAGCAGAUGUAGAUUCAUCACCACUAGCAGACCCAAUACAAGUUGGAGCUUACAAAGCAGAUGUAGAUUCAUCUCCAGGAGAAAAUAUUGGGGCUUACAAAGCAUCUGUAGAUUCAUCACCACUAGCAGACCCAAUACAAGUUGGAGCUUACAAAGCAGAUGUAGAUUCAUCACCAGUAGUAGACCUAAUACAAGAUGAAAGUAUCGGGAGCCCUUCAGAAACGACACAAUUAGCUCCACGACGGAGAAGGAGGAAAAAGUCGCAGAUGUGUCCGAAGAAGUAUUCGUGCGCCGACUGUUCAACAGUCCGCAUCUGCGGCAAUCGUGCCAACGGAUCACUGGUUGAAACCAAGGUCAAAUGCCAGUCGGAGACUCCGUUCUGCAACGAGCGAACCGGCACCUGCGACUCGGAGCCGGGCCGACUCGACCUGUGCGGCGACAUGAUCAACUCCACAUUCGUCUGUCAAACCGACGGCUUCUACCCCAACCCCGAAACCACCAACAAAUUCUACCUAUGCUUCCAAGGCUACGCAUUCUCACUAUCCUGCAACAAGAACCAACGUUUCAACCUGGACAAAAACCUGUGCACCAACAACCAGAUCACACUUUUCUACGAUGAAAUAGUGUUCGAUUGCCAAAAACUUCACGGUGUGAAAGUGAAACACACUCAAUAUGAUCGAUACUACGCCUUCUGUAUCGAUGGUGUGCCGUCGAUGGUCGAUAAAUGCGGAGUCAACUACCGGUUCGACUUCGAUAGCCAAUCGUGCCUGCCGUCAAAUCAUGAUACCUCGUUGCUGGUUUACAUUCCCGACGUGAGGGAUUGCAGCAAAUACUACACCAAGUUUUGGAAUCAGGAUGUCAUCACUCCAAGAAUGUGUGCACCGGGCUUCUAUUUCGAUUACUUUAUGGCUAGCUGUGUACCGGACUCCUCGGUUUGUUUAGAUAAAAACAAAUACAACAUUUAAACAACUUUACAUUGGGUCGUUUGAAUAAACGCUAGAAUCAUUUCAUUUCAAAUCGCCACACCUACAUAACUAGGACGAGGGGCACGUCAUCUGGAGUCUUGGAACCAUAAUCCCAUUAGCUCUAGCUUCUAGCAUAAAGUAAACAAUAUUUUUUAUUCGUUUAAAAACUGUAUAAGUUUUCCCUGCUUCUAGCUAUUGCUGAAAGUUGGAUGAAGUGCUGGUUUUCUAGGCAUUAGUUAAAAUUGUGAAUUGUGAAGCCUAAUUGUGGUCCAUUAGGUGUUUAGACAGCUCACUAGAACCGUAGUAUUUACAAUUGCUAGCUUUCGUUUUCUAGAGACUAGGAACCACCCCAUUUCUAGCUUCUAGCUAUUGAUAAAUUCAGUAGAAUAAUCAAGUGCUAGUUUUCUAGGCAUUAGCUAAAAUUCAUAAGCAAAUGUCAGGUCCGUCAGGUGAUUAGACAGCUUACUAGAAUCCUAGUAUUAGCGAUUGCUAGCUUUUAUUCAAUCGACCUAAUGUCAACUAUUAAAGAUAUUUUACUAUUACCAUGGAAAUGAAAACUAGAUAGAUGUGGAAAAUUAAAGAGAUAAGUAUAACA